AUGUCUUCUCGCGUAGUAUUCCCACACCUAAUUUUCCUUAUUAGUCAGUCCUUCGUGCAGUUAUAUUUUAAUUGGUUCUUCUUUAUCCCAGAGGAUUUUAAAUAUCUUCUUCAAACAAUUUUUUAUCGAUUUCCCCCUCUCUCUCUCUUUAUUCAAUCUUCUUUCUCUUUUCAUUCUUUUCUUCAACCUUUACAUCCUAUUGUUUUCUUUCUUUCUUUGUAUCUUUCUUUCUUUCUUUCUUUCUCGUCUUUUCUUUUCUGUUCUGUCACUCUCUCAUCUGUUGUCUCUUUUUUUCUCUUUCCAGUCUCAAAAACAAUAAUUCCGGUUGGCUUUUUUCUUCUUUUUCACUUGAUUUUUUUUUCUGUUUCUUUUCACAUAUAUUUUCCUUCUUUUUCAUUUAUAUUUUUUCUUCUUUUGCACUUAUAUUUUGUCUUCUUCUUUUUCCUUUAUUUUUUCUUUUUCACUUAUAUUCUUAUUUUUCACCUCUAUUUUUCUUCUUCUUUUUCCCUUAUAUCCUUUCUUCUUCAUUUCCACUUAUAUUCUCUUUUUUUUUUCACUUAUUUUUUCUUUUUCUUUGCACUUACAGUUUUCUUCUUUUACACUUAUAUAUUUUUUUCAUUUUCAUUUAUUUUUUCUUUUUCAUUUAGACUGUUCUUUUUCACCUGUAUUUUUCUUUUCCUUUUUCACUUUUAUUUUUGUCUUUUUCUUUUCACUUAUAUUUCUUCUUCUUUUUCACUUAUAUUUUUUCUUCUUCUUUUUCACUUAUAUUUUUUCUUCUUUUUCACUUAUUUUUCUUUUUCGCUUCACUUAUCCUUUUCUUCUUUUUCACUUAUAUUUUUUCUUCUUCUUUCACUUAUAUAUAUGUUUUAA